AUGCGACGACGAUUAUUGAACAUUACAAGGCCUACUUCCCUAUACUCUUUCUCCUUCGCACCAAACUACGUUUCGAAACGCUUGUAUCCCACCGGCGAAGAAUUCCGCGAGUAUCUCAACGAGAUCUCGGAAAAGUAUCAACUGGCCUCUCACAUCCAGCUGAACACCGACGUAAAGGAACUCCGCUGGAUUGAGGCCGACGCGCAAUGGGAAGUAACACUCCAGCACUUGGUUCCUGGUACCGGCGAUCUUAGUACCCGAGAUCGAGAAGACAAAGCAACCGCUUCUGGUCGCGAGUCCGUAUACCUGCAUGAAGAAGUCGUGCGCGCCAAAGCAGUGAUAAGUUGUGUGGGAAUCCUUGUAGAGCCGAACCCAUGGCCAUCGUCCAUUCCAUGGCGCGAUAUCAAAGGCGACGUCUUUCACUCUGCACGCUGGCGCGACGACAUUGAUCUCAACGGAAAAGACGUAGUAGUACUCGGAACCGGCUGCAGCGCCGCGCAGAUAGUCCCGUCGCUACUCAAGGAACCCUAUAAAGUUAAAACACUCACUCAAAUCGGCCGAUCAGCACCCUGGGUAAUGCCUCGACUUUCCGAGCCUUUCGGCCAAGAAAAAUACGCCAAAUACGCACCCACGGUCUACAAGUGGCUUGCAUUCCUCGGGUAUGUAAACCGCGUCCUGAUAUAUCUGCUGGUGGAAGUCAUUUGGUCAACCGUGUUCCAAAUGAAACACAAGAAGUGGCGGGCUGCGAUCGAAACACAACAGUUGGCUAUGAUGAAGGAAAUCGUGCCGGAAAAGUACCAUGAUAUCAUGACGCCAGACUAUCCGUAUGGAUGUAAGAGACGCGUCUUCGAUACUGAGUGGUUGCCCAGCAUGCAGAAUUCCAAGUUUACGCUUACCAAUCGUCCUAUCCAAGCUGUGGAUGGCAAAGAGCUCGUUUUGGGUGCCGAUGGGAAGGCUACAUCCGGCCAACAGCGCAUCAACGCCGAUGUCAUCAUACUCGCCAACGGCUUCGAGGCGACCCGCUGGUUGCACCCACUUUCAGUCUACGGUCGCGACGGAGCAGCCUUGCAAGAAGUAUGGAAGCAGCGUGGAGGCCCGGCUGCAUACAUGGGAAUGGCCGUCGAUGGGUUCCCGAAUUUCUUCAUCGCGGUCGGACCGAACACGGCGAAUGGCCAUCACUCACUCAUCCUCACGAGCGAAAAUACGGUCUCGUAUAUUCUCAAGAUGAUCAAACCAAUCCUGAGCGGCAAGGUCGACCGCGUCGAGGUGAAGAAACAGGCCGUCACGGCGUGGACCAAGGGUGUGAAGAAAGAUCUGGAAAAGACCGUUUUUGUGGGUUGUCGGAGUUGGUAUAUGGAUGAGGAGGGUUACAAUUCGACCAUGUAUCCGUAA